AUGCGCGCCUCCGGCAAUGGUGGCGCGGUUGAGCCGGCGGCUGGCGGGGACGCGUCCUACACAGCCAAGGCACAGCACGCCCUCUCCCUCUUCGCAAACCUGCAGGCAAACAUGCGCACCUCGGCUUCGCUACAGUCGUCCGAGCCUGCCGCGCACGCCACCUCGGAAACCCGAGCAUCGUCGGCGACGGCGCAUCACACUACCGCUUCAUCUAGCCACAAACAUGCGCGAGACACCCAUGGUCGACUGACCUCGUCCACGCCCGCGGCAACUCCGAAUGCUGGUGCGGCGCGCUUCAGCAGUCUGCACAGCCUCCAACGCGUCGACAACAGCGACAGAGCCGACGACGCUGCCGCGCUGCCGACGUACACGGAUGCCGAGCUCGAGUCUCUCUCGCCACUCCAGCUGCGCCAACAACUGCGCGUUGCCGCAGCCGUUACCCAGCGUCUUCACCAACGAUCGCGACGACUAGAGAGCGAAGUGGAAACGUGGACGCACAAGUAUGCGGAGCUCGAAGCCAAGGCGGCGGGAAUGCGAGACGCUGGUGGGAAAGAGGGGAGCACCAACGAGCGCCAGGCGCCUUCGGCCUCACGACUAAACGGUGCCCAUUCCUGUCGACCUACAGCGGUCUCAUCGGCUUCGAAAGCUGCGGCACCUGCGACUGCCUCGGCCGAGGGCGCUGCGCCUCACGCGCGUCAGCUAGAGACUGAAGUAAGGCGACUGGAGGCGCACAAGAGGGAGCUGACAAGGAGACUGUACGCAGCCGAGCAAACCAUCCAGAAGCUGAGGGAGGAGCUCCGCAUUGCGGCGGCCGCUUCUCCUGCGACUACCCGCCCCGCCUCGUCGCCACCCGCUGCGGUCAACGCCACCACCUGCGAAAGCGCCCGUGACAAAUCCCGACCCGAGGCAUGGAAGGGCGGGGCAGCGGCAGCACCACCGGCACAGGUGCCACCGAGCCGGAGGGACGCCGAACCGAAGGGCGAGAGGGUGGACCGCCGCAGCAACGGUACCGGUGAGGGCGAUGCGGCUGGCGAGAAUUCGGUUGCUCAUUUGCGCGACACCGUACGCCAGCUGCAGCGCCGUCUUGAUCUGUCGGAGGCGCGCGCCAGGGAGGCGAUGCAGGUCCACCUGGAUGCGGUGUUGCUCCACCGUGAGUCGACUCCGUCCGCGGUGGCCCUUGUGAACGCAGAAGUGCACAAACUCUUCCAGCUGAUGCAGCAGCAGCUCUUGUCGAACGCGGUGCAGCAUCAGGCGGAGCGGGCCCGCAUGAACGAGCUGCUUUACCAGUUGCAAUGCCAGCAGCAUGCACCGUAG